AUGGCAACGGCCUCUGUUAACGGGCGGCCAAAGCCGUUCUUCCCGAAAGCAGACGCCGCCAUCCUAUCGUCAAGACAUGGACUCCCACCGGCUCGCCCGCGAACCGUUUGGCCUGUCUACGAUCCGGACAAUGUCGACAGGCCAAUUGGAGCAUGGACCCCGGAAAUAGAAAAAUCAUUUUAUCCUCCCAAAGUGGAAGCAUUUGCACCAUCACCAAUCCCCGACAAGCCUAUGUGCAUCUCCGACCGAUAUCUGCGCGCCUUUCUAGCUGAGAAUGAGAGGCUUAGGUCGUCCAUGCUUUGGUACUACACUCGCGAUAUCCUCAACGAGACCGAGUUCCUCUCCGGGCUUCAGGAAAAGGCACAUAUAGCGCAGGAAUCCACUGGCUGGGAGUUUGUUGUCAUCGGCAUUCUCGAUGUCAAUUACUACAUUCGCCUAGCAUCCAUAGGGCUUCCUCUGGCCAUCCUUCCACGCGGAGAAACUCUGUGUGCGCACACGGUUACCCAGCCUCCCGGCAAUGUUUUUCUAUUGCCAAAUAUGAUGGAAGACUGGAGAUUCAAACAUUCACCGUACGUUGAGUCUGGCGGGCUCCGGGCAUACGCUGGAGCACCACUUCGCUUGCAAAACGAGUCGGGAGACUGCGUAAGCCUUGGGUCGCUUUGUGUCACUUCAAGAACAAGCCAAGCGCCUUUGACCAAGCCUCAACAACAGACGCUCGCUCGCCUGGCUGACUGGGUUGUCGCCGAUAUUGUCCAAUGUGCGAGAGCGAGACGUCAGCGAGAACGGCGCCGAAUGUCAGAACUGAUCUCCGCUGCACAAGCUGAAGUAGACAAAAAAAUUUCUGAGGAGCCGAUUUUACGGAUACUGAGGGCUACGUAUCCAGAUACAGCAGUUAUUGUACAAUCAUCCAAGGACUCCCGUGUCGAAAUCGAAGAUCAUGACCCUAUACCCCUAGCCGACCUCGAUGAUGGCUUGUGGGAGGACACAGACUACCUUGAUGAUUUCAUUAAUAACUCAAACCAAAAGCCUUUCCCGACAACUAGGGUAGUACGUGCUAUUGUUGCCUCAUGCGACACCUUAGCGGGGCCUUCCCUGCUUGUUGUGGCAUCCAAAGACUUUCGACUUGUGUUUGAUGAUAUUGAUUCCUGGUUUGUCCAUACUUGCGCAACCAUGAUCUCUCAGAUAUGGCACAGGCGCCUUCUAACAGAAGUAAUGAGGGCAAAAGAAAAAUUUCUUCGCGGAGUUUCUCACCAGCUUCGAACCCCGAUCCAUGGCAUCCUCGGUUCUGUAGAGCUGCUAGCCGAAGAGCUUCUGUUGCAAAAGCCGCGUGAAAGCCAAAAUUCAGCAUCAUUGCUGGAAGCAAACUCGAUGGCCAAGCCUGUGGGAUCAGCCAUCUAUCUAAAAACCAUCAAGUCGGCAGGACGAGAUUUGAUGUCCAUAGUCAACAACAUGAUCACUCUGAACCGGUGGGCUGACAUCGCCAUGACGAAUCGGCACUAUGCUAUACAUACCGUUCAAGAGCUCGAGAUAGAGUUGGCAAAUGAGAUCCGCAAAGCAACUUCAGACGAUACUCGUUACAAGGCCUCUAUUUUCUUUCACCAUGACCCAUCGCUGGAUUGCGUCAGCUUUCAGACCGACCUCGGCCUACUUCGUGAUAGCUUGCUUCAACUUAUAAUUAACGCCAUUCAAAACACUUCAGAAGGCAUUAUAACUGUAACCAUAUCGAUACAGCCGGAUCACCAACAGCUAAUCGUUGAUGUUGAGGACACCGGCCGUGGCAUUCACCCUGACCACCACGAACGUAUAUUUGAGCCUUAUGAAAAGGUUGAAAUGCAUUCAUUGGGUGCCGGGCUAGGCCUGACCCUCGCAUCCAGGUUGGCAGCACUGCUCCACGGGUCUGUCAGCUUGAUAUCGUCACAGGUCAACCGUGGGUCGCAUUUCAGAGCCAUAUUCCAGGAGAUAGAGUGUGUCCGCCUGCCCCUUGCAUCACAGCCCCUUGCUCAGAAACUCAAGGCUUUGCCCUCUAAAUUUUACAGGAUGGCGUCCGGCUCAGACAGCAUAUCGUUGUGCAACCACUUCACUCGAUUUCUGGCCUGGCACGGCUUUGAAUCCUCUGUCAGCCUGGAUCAAUCCUUUGCCAUUUUUGAUUUCGGGUCAGACUUGGAGAAGCGCCGCUCAAAUUUGUCCCAGAUUCCAGUGGGACACAUCGCCAUCUGUCUCGUCCCAGCCUCAGAAAGGGAAAGUUUGUUGGAUCAGACUUCUAAGAACGUAAUAUAUGUCAGCGCGCCGUUUUUAACUUCGACGAUGAGGUCAGUACUCGAAGAAGCAGACAAAUAUCUUUUAGAGAUGAAAACCUCGAGUGCAUGUCUGCCUCGCCCUAGUGAUUCUUCGCUCCAUUCUCUGGAAAUAAAAACAGACCCAACCGCAGAGAAAGAGGUUGAGCCCCCAACCGCUGUAAACGGACAGACAGCUCAGCCAACUACGGGUAGCGCAACUAAUCCUGGCUUAUUAACGCCUCCUGCGGAAUCAUAUUAUGUUGGUUCAAUUCCCACUGCCCUCACAAUCUCUCGGCCUGCGGCACUACUUGUUGACGAUAAUGUCAUCAAUCUCCGCAUUCUGCAGAUGUAUUGCACAAAACGGGGACUACCCUACUGCUGCGCGGCUGACGGCCUGCAAGCUGUGGAACUUUUUUCGCGGCAACAGUCUUUAGCUACUGCUGGCAAGGGAGCAGGGAUCCAGCUGAUCUUCAUGGACCUUCAAAUGCCCGUGUGCGAUGGUUUUAAAGCCACCCAACAGAUACGCCAGCUGGAGAAACAGAACAACUGGGGACAAAGUAUUUUGUUCAUUGUGACCGGCCAAGAUAGCCCGACAGAUAAAACGACCGCGGAGGAUGUUGGUGCUGAUGAAUACUUGGUGAAGCCCGUUGGCAUCAAAGUUUUGGAUCGUAAUGUGGCUCGACAUUUUCCAAAAUUUAAAUAUGGCUAG